GAAGGUCAAAUGUACUGCAGGUAUUACAGGACUCUGGUGUUGCUGCCUUGGCUCUCUGGCCUAUACCGUAACACCUGCAGGUGGAGUGGUACACCAGCUGUUGGUGACCACUUUCAUGACAUCGAGCAGAUGGUUAUUGUUCACGAUACCUUUAUCAGACGAGGAGAGUAGUGAGAACAUGUCAUCCCCGACGCCCAAUCAGAGGCUAGAAGCAGCAGAGGCUGCCAGUGCUGCACCUCCACCCUAUUCGGUAACUGAUGAGAAUGAAGGUGCAGUCCGUACAACCAUGGAUGACAUUCCUCCACCUAAGCCAGAUAUGCAUGCUCCCCCUCCCUAUGAGGAAUCAGACACAAGAGAGGGAUUUACCAGUUCCAUGGCAGAACCCCUUACAGAAGAGUCCUCUGAAGUGCAGCCACCCAGCUAUGAGGAAGUACAAAGGCUCAAGGCUUUGGAGGCAGCUGAAGAUUUCACUCUACCUCUCUGCCAUGGGAGUGGUUCUCUUGGUGGAGCCAACCUGACUGGAACAAGUGGUAGUGGGAUGCGUGUUCUUCGUGUCUCAUCUCUAGGGGGCCUUGACCCAGAAACUGCUGAAAUAGCUGAGGAGCAACUGCUUGGGACAGACUUUAUGUUCUUUGUUGCCUUUGCAGCGGCUUUUGUCUUCAAUUGGGUGGGAUUUGUCCUACUGCUGUGCUUCUGCCAUACAGUUGCUGGCCGUACAGGUGCUCUGGCAGGCUUUGGUCUGUCCUUGGCCAAGUGGGCUGUUAUUGUACGACACUCCACAGACUUGGUUGCCGAUUCAAACACUUGGCUUCUAUGGCUUAUAAUGGCUCUUGGAAUGUUAAUCUGCAUGCGAGCCAUCCUGCAGUACGUCCAUGCUAAACGUGAGUGGCACCAAGUUCCCCAUAAUUCGCGACACCGUUUCUUCUUGUUCUACUGAAACUAAUCAAAGUGUUAUGUACCACAUCAUCUGAAUAUUUUGUAUGCUUAGUCAUGUAGAUAUAACCUGACAACAUUUGGUAUAUACAUUCUGAUAAAGGCAGUUGUGCAUGCCAGGUCAUCUUCAAUGAAGCACAUAUGCUAAUGACGAGAGAGCAGCAUUGUUAGACUUUGUUAAAGAAUUUUGUAACUGGUUAAUGUAAUGUAGUUUCUUUGUAUUAAUUUUAUGGUUACUGUACUAUAUUUAAAAUUAGAAUUGUGACUUUUACCCCUUGUUUAUUAAUAUUUGAUUAAUCAAGGAAUCCAUAAUCAGUUGCUGGUUUCUGCAACUUGAUAGACUAAUUUAAGUACAUGACAAGCAAAAUAUAGCACUUUUAAUAUCAUGUUUAUUAGGUCUCUCAAGUAGGGAGAAUUCUUUAUGGUUUUGUUUGUUUAUUUCCACUUGUAUUGUUUACUUUUUAUUUUUGUGCGAUAUAUUGAGACUUAAUUCUUAGUGUUGGCUCGGAACUUCAGAUAAUUGUGCAUGAUUAUAAAAGUAAGCUUCCUAUUGGAAUUGGGCAGUGUAGCUUCCUCGUGGCUGAAUUUACAAUAGGUUUAUAGUUUUGCUGUGUUUUAUUAGGGGUCUGGAAACUAGAAUAAACAUAACUACUAACAUUCUACUUGUAUGCAAUUAUCAGGGACUGUGUUAAAUUGGAAUUAAACUCUUAAAUGGUCUUGAAUUGGAAUUGCAACUGUAUGAAGAUGGUUUUUGCUCGAGGCAAAUCUCUGCAGGUUAUUAAAUACAUUGUCGUACUUAUCUGGCUUAGUUUGUCAGACGUUAACAGUGCAGCUGGACUUAUAUUGCAACCAGUAUAUUUUUUUUCCACCAAAGGAAAUGGUUUUUGAGGAAACAAAUAUUGUGCAUACAUUUUUUUAAUACCAUAGGCACAUAAUAGAAGAAAAAAAUUAAUGUCAUUUUGAUUUAUUUUUGUUGAUACAAAUUUGGAUAACUACUUAUACUGGCACCUAAUCCAGGUACUGCAUUCUCGGGUACUUGCGUUGACCCGAGAUCAUUUUGAGAGGGGCAUCGUUGUAUCUCGCCGAAAUAUAUGGAGAGCGCGAAUUAGGAUUUGAAUGGCUUUGUUAUAUAUAUACCCUCUGGUAUAUCAUUUAGUGUACAGAGUAUUUUUAUUAUCAAUUCAUAAUAUUCUUUAAUAUUCUUUAUAUUGUGAGGUGUGUUAUUACUGUAUUAAAGUUAUUAUUGCUUUAGAGUAUCUUACAGCAACAUGUAUAUAUAUAUUUAUAAUUUUACAACGGUUUAUGCAUAUUGCAUAUAUUGUAUCGCAUAUUAUAUACAGUAUAUAGUUACACAAUGUGUAGGCAUAAUUGUGGAAUACUAUAUAUAUAAUGUUUCCAAUAAUGCAUAUGCAAUAUGUAUAUUAUUGUAUAAGAUCGUUAUUAUAUUGUGCAAUAUUCACUUCCACAAAUAUUGUACAUUAUGAUGCCCAUGUAUUAUAUGUAGUACAAUAAUAUACAGUACACUAUUGUAAAUUAUACAGUAGCUUAUGUAUAUUUGAAGUCUGUAAAAUAUUUGGAGCAAGAGAGGAAGAAGGUAGUGAAAAAUAGAACAAGAUAGAACUAGGAAAGACAUUUAUAUUCUUAAAAAUGCUUUGAUUGCGUAAUAUUAUGCGUAUUGCGAAACAUCACCACGGGAUAGAGAACACUGGUCUGAUUACUUUCAGUAAAAUUGCCUCUCCAACUGUUACUUUAUUGGUUUUGUUAGCAUAGCCUGUCCUGCAUGAUUUCUACUUUUUUUUUUUAUCUUAGCUUUUGCCAAAUUGGAUACAUAGUCUCCAUGGCUUGGUGCCUUCUUUUAUUAUUUUACAUACGUGCUAAAUUGGAAGCUAGGGAUGUGAAUUUUUAGUUCAAAAGUCUCGUUCGAUAUUGUGGUGUUGUGAUCUAUAUUGAUUAUGAAAAUUUAAGGAUUUCGUUAUUCACAUGUAGUGCAUGACAUUUUAACUAAUGGAAUGGGUUGAAGCUUAUCUUAAAUAUAUCCCUUUGACAAACUUUAGUACAUUUUGGAAACAUUUUAAAGUUUUAAUAUACUUAAAUAGCCACUUAUGCACCCGAGGCCAGAUUCAUGUAGCAGUUAUGCAAGCACUUACGAACCUGUACAUCUUUUCUCAAUCUUUAGUGGUUUUGUUUGCAAUUAUUAAACAGUUAAUGAGCUCUGAAGCACCCGGAGGCUGUUUAUAACAAUAACAGUUGAUUGCGAAGUUUUCAUGCUUGUUAACUGUUUAAUAAAUGUAACCAAAGCCGUCAAAGAUGGAGGAAAGAUGUACACGUUCAUAAUUACUUGUAUAACUGCUUCGUGAAUAUGGCCCCUGGUAUCUUGGCACUUAUUACAUAAUAAGUUUUAUGUGAAUCCCUUAGCAUUUGAGGGUUAUAUUACUCCUGACCUCAUUUGGUGGUAGAGCACUGAUCUUAAAGGAGAAUUUCUAAAGUAAAUGAAGCUGUUUGUCAAUAGCUGAAAUAACAUAGAUUUUCAUGGUAGGCUGUACAGGUAGUUCUGAAAAUUUGUCUAUUGACUGAAAAUGCAUGAGAGCUCUCUGGCCAACCUUUGAAAACAAAUAUAAAUGAUGCGGUAUACCUUUGGUAAGAUAUUGCUUUUAAUUCUGGUUUUAUAUAUUUAUAUAGACAAAAUAUUAAUUUUAUAAACCUUGUAUUUAUUAAUCUUCUUGCCAAAUAUUCCACAACAGUGUUUCUUGUAUUAUUCUUCAUAGUGAUUGUGUUUGCAUAAAACUAACUUAUUUUUUUAAUUAAGAAGUGGAUUUUUAUAGUUUUCCUUUUUAAAAUUUAGAUAUUAAGUAACUUGCCAUAUAAACCAAAUGCAUUGUAAUGUUAUUUUAAACAACUGUACAAGAGGGAUUGAGUACAUUUAUUUGCAAUAAGAAUAUGGUCAUUUUUUGCUUGUAUACAGAGAUGUGUGUGUAGUCUGCAUGUCUUUGUGUGGGGUGCGUGUAGUCGGCAUGUUUUGUAUGGGGGGUGCGUGUAGUCUGCAUGUCUUUGUGUGGGGCGUGCGUGUAGUCGGCGUGUCUUGUAUGGGGGGUGCGUGUAGUCGGCAUGUCUUGUGUGGGGGUGCGUGUAGUCGGCGUGUCUUGUGGGGGUGCAUGUAGUCGGCAUGUCUUGUAUGGGGGUGCGUGUAGUCGGCAUGUCUUGUGUGGGGGGUGCGUGUAGUCGGCAUGCAUUGCUGUAACACUUUUCUCACCUGACUUGAAACGCCUCCAAACAGCACUGCAGUCGCAGUAUAUAAUAUUGCCUUGGUCUGACUAUAUAUAGAUAAAAACAUUGGAAAUUAUAAAAAUAUAGCUAAUAUUGGCUACUUUACAGAAUCAAUUAUUUGGUUUAUCAGUAUGCGCAUUACAGUGGAAUGAAAAAUCUGGGAUAUGACAAACUACAAACUCCUAAAAUCUACUACAUUUCUCAUAAUAAAGAAACUUGUAAAAUCAGUGUUGAUCCUUUGUUAUUCACAUUGAUCUGACAUUAUGCAUAUUAAUCUUGUCUUAGAUCAAUGUUAAUAAUGCCCAUUCAACAUCUCUUUUUGCUGAACUAAUAAAGUAUUUACAUCAAAGUUGAUCUGAUAAUGAAUCAAUGUCAAUAAUGUUGAUACAGUGUGUAGUGAUUUUUAGGUCCGGAAAGUUCACAAAUGUAGAAUUUGGUUAGUCCUGGCCAUUGUAGAUUUACUUUGAUAACUAAUGUAAGUAUAAACAUUCUUCAUAAUAUGAAUUUGUGGAGCAACCAAUCGGAUUCCUGCCAGGAAUGAAGGAUAUCUAAUGCGUUUUCCAUCUGGAUCACUAUGCUGAUCCUUCCGUGUGUGAAGUCCACCUAAACCACUUUACUUUUGGCACAUUCCAUUUCUUCGUUACUCUGAAAAAAUUGCUCUUAUAUAUGUGGCUUAUCCAGUUAUUUUAUUUCCACCUGUCCCCCCCAUCCCCCCUAGUCAGUACCAUCCAAGUCAGUCUGAUCUGAUUACUAUGUAAAUCAAACCAAGCUUGGGCAGAAAGAGUGGGAUAUUAGAAUGGUAAAAGGUGUGCGCAGAUGACCAGAAGUGGCAAUGAAGGGCAUUCUAGGAUGAACAAUAGACCAUGCUCUUGUGUUUUGUUUUGAAACAACUUGUGCUUGCUUGGAACUUAAAAUUUCUUGCAUGAUCAUAAAACUGGCCUUGCUGUUUAAAAUUGAAUAAUUGAGUCGGCUUGGAGACAAUUUGGAUUUAAUUUAAAAAUGCCCAAAAAUCUUGUUCACUAUACAGUACAUAUACUGUAAAUAUUGGAAUUGUGCAGAUUUUAUUUAUAAAAUAAUGUACAGGAUAUUGUAUAUUUGUUUAACAUAAAUAUAACAAACAUGGUGGUUUGCUAUUCAAGGUAGUUUUUUCUUAUUAAUAUUUAUUUGUAAAAAUUAUAUAAUUAUAAAUAAAGCUUAAAUACUGGAAAAAUGCAAACAUGGUCCAAUAAGCAACCGUGUGAAUGCUUGUGAAUGUGACUUAGUGAUGGUAUCUGGCCAUAUAUUUAUGCAUCUUGGAACAUAAGAUAGUAAAAAUGAUCCAGUAAAUAAAUGUUUCGGCGUAGGGUCGUCAAUAACAGACGUCAUGCACACCCACAUUCCCUUUAUUUACAGUUUUUAUACCUAGUUAUAUUAAAUAUUGUAAUUAAUUUUUAUGGUUAAUGUUGAGCACUGUACUUUAGUGUAUUUGUGGUGGAAAAGUAGGAGUGAAUUUGUAUUGUACAGUAUACUGUAUGUACCAUUUUGUUGAGUUAAAAGUGGGAAAUAACCUUUUUUCAGUAUAGAAUUGUAAACUUUGUUUAUAGUUUUUCGUACACUGGUUCACUUUUUCCCCACUUCCCUCGGCAAAAUGACUAGUACAGGUACCUGAAUAUUAUUAUUACCGGUACUCGAGUAAUUUUCCAGCCAUAAAUACAAUACAUAAAGAAGGGCAGAAUAUUUGGGAGGUGCCAUAAUAUAAUUAUAUAUUGCAUAAAGUGCAUAAAAAAAAAAGAUAGGAGUUACAAGAUCAGGGGAAUGUAUAACACCUUGAUAACACGCACCAAAAUAACAUUGCAAUCUUUCAAACCCUCACAAUGUAUGAAAUAUGGGAGCUUUGUUUGCAUGUGUGUAUGUAUGGGGAAUGUACAGACAGAAUGGGAGAACCUGCAGUUAAUUAAAUUUUAAUAUGACGGUAAAAAAUAUAUAACACUACAUGUUUAUGCUGUAGUGAAUCUAUGUUAAGACUUAAAAGCAUUAGUGAAGGUUAUUUCCUUUCCUUUUAAGCAGCACAAUCACUUGGACUGUUUGGUAGUGACGGCCUCGCUUUUUGCAGAUCGGCGUUCAGUCCCCGACCAUCCAAGUGGUUGGGCGCCAUUCCUUUCCUUCACCCUAUCCCAUCUCCUUAUACUUUUCAAGUGCUAAUAGUCAUAAUGGCUUAGUGCUUUCUCCUGAUAAUUACCUAACCUACCUACCUUGUAAGUGCUUAACCAGCAUGAACAAACAGUUCUGUUGGAAAAAGUAUUUGUAUUGCUUUUAUGGGUGAGGGGAAAAUGGCUAACUGUUAUACUUGAGCAUUAAAGGAAUUUAUUAUAGCUACAGUGCAUCAAUUAUUUUGAAUACACAUUUUUUAUAUAACUAAUCUUGGAUACUACUAUUAGAAUUUUAAGCUGUGCUGAUAUCUCUUAAAUUCAUUGUGAUUAGGUUGGUUAUACUCUGCUUUUAAGAACAUUGGUACUGAUGAUUUUGGCUCCAUCAUUCAACAAAACAGUUGAUUAGAAGUGGGGUAGCAUAAUCACAAUGGAAUUAAUGUUCACGCUACAUACCCUGUCUGGUCGGGAUUUUAUCACUAAAUACGUAGAAUGCUUUGUAUUAUGUCUGAUAUUAAUAUAUACAGUAUAUUUUUAUUAUAAUAGAAGACAAUCUGAUUUAUAUUUUCAUUUGCAUGCAUCAGACUAGUUACAAAGCUUCAAAAUUAUUAUAAGCUUUUAAUUUUCUUACAUAUUUUAUAUAUGUUCUCUGACAGAUUUUCCUCUUUAUGGUAUAUAAUGUUGGGUAAUAAUGAGAACUAUAGUUAAGUCUUGGUAUGUUUUCAAUUUUGGAUUAAUGCUUUAUUGUGGGGGUUGCCCAAUUGAUAUAUAGACCAAAUAAAAACGCUGUAAUUAUUACUUUGCUCGCCAAAAAUGAUUAAUCUUUUCACCCAAACUUCAGUGAGAUAGGUUGGUUGCACUUUGUGACACACAUGACUCGCCUGAAGUAUCAUUUUUAAUAGGAUUUAGGGUUUGGAAUGCUGCUUCAUCAUUGAAAGUGAACAUUAAUACAUAAUUUAUGGCUUAUAAUUUAAAACAUUUGACCAAAAGUAUGGAACAUGAACAUUCCAAAAAGGAUUGCAAUGGUGAUCUUGUAACUAUAUUCAAUGAUUUGUUUCUUUGGAAACGGCUCUUUCUUGAGAAUGUGGCAAGAAUAAAGAUUACUUUGUUGCCACAGUUAUCUAUAUACAAGUGGAAGAAAAGCAGUUAAAUCACAAAGGCACAAGUAAGGGAUAAAAGAAUAAAGUGGAUUCACAAAAAGAUACUGUGGAAGUGCCAAAAAAGUUGAUCAAUUAGCUGUGGCAGAGCAGAUAUAGAAAAGAACCAUUACUUUGACAAAUGGUAAUUUUAUCCUUCGUACUAGUGCUUCCACAGUUCUUCAAUAAAAUCCUCGGUGUGUGCAUUUUGUUUGAUAUUGUUCGUCUUGUGUCUUUCUGCUCUCAUAUUGGCGUCCUGAAUGACAUCUAGGAACUGUUGAAUGUUCUUCAGCAGAGACUGUGCCACAUAGCCAUCUGGACUUGAUGUUUUCAUUUAAUAAUUACUUAGUGCUUCCACACACUACUACCUAAAUGUGGGUUUUUAAUGUCAAUGUAUCCAGACUAAUGUAUUAGUGUUGAUUUUGGAUGGUAAUUGUAAUUGUGCUCAUGUAUUUAGUACAUAAUAAAUGCAACAUUUACUUCACAGUAAAUUGAUUGACUGAAAGUUUCACCGUCAUAGAAGAAUUGGUAUUGUUCAAGGUCUUAGGAUAAACAGCGUAGGCUUUUGUUAUAUUUUAGUUUAGCUAGUGUGUAAGAAAGGUGAUGAAAAUUAUAAGGGAAAAAUUAAAUAUGAUAAUGGAACUGGUGUUAAUUAUGCUUUUAUUAAACAAGGAAAGUACAGUAGUUCAUUAUAAUAUAAGCCUGCUAAUAUGAGAUGUAAAUUGGUUUUACUGGACUCAUUUAGUAUGAUUUUAAAAAUGCACCCCAAAUUUUGUUUUAAUUAAUUUCCAACUGUUAUCAAUUUAAUAUACUGUGUGGUUAAAUUUGUCACUAAAUUACUUAGUCCUUAGGAACAGCAUUAGUAAAUGGUAGGUGCAUAGCCAGUAUGCUUUUAUAACCUCCCUUGUGUUUUGAGAUAUGUGCUAAGGAAUGUAUACAAAAAUAUGUACUACCAAAUGCAAUGUUUCUGAGGUACAGUAAUGAACAAGUUGAGUACAUGCCUCGAUAUAUUUGGCACAAGAAUGCCCAUUGUUGGUGCACCGAACAAGCCAUAUUUAUAUAGACAUUGAAUGUUGCGGAGUUCUGACUAUAUAUUUUGUUUGUAUUCUUUUAAUGACUGGUUAGUGAGAAAUGGUAGAGCACAAACCAAAGCACCCAGCACCACCUAACAACUUACGUUGCACAUGUAGAAAAUAUAAAAUCUUCUUUGCACUUUUAUCACUUUAACAUUACUGGCUGGGAUCUAGAUAUAUAUAUAUUGCCUUUGAGUUCAUGUAUAAGGUAGAUGGAAGUGUAAAAGAUGUAAUUAAAACUGUUAAAGAGCAACACAGUUUUAUGUGGGAUCAUUAGUCUAGCAGGUUUUAUAUUGGUUUAUGUUUAGUGUUUGGGCAUUUGCCUGUAAAUAUUAGCGUGCCACCCAGCCAUCCACUUUGCAAUAAGAGGAACCACAAUGCAGGUAAAAAUAUCACAUAUCUCACCAUUUCAAGUCAGACAUUUCUAGUCAGUCAAUAUUAAAUAAUUUUUAUAGCAUAUUGAUUUAAUAUAUUUUUUUCUGUUAUCAUCAUGUUCAUUCCAUUGGCUGAAAUAUUCAUGAAGGUUAAGAAAUAGCUAUUAAGGAACGUUCUAUAUCAGUCUGACUGUAGGUACCACGGUUUUAUCUCGCAUUGUAUGCUAUAUACAUCUUAAUCUGUUAGAAUUAAGUGCACCAUCAUUUCCCCUCUUGCAGUGUGCAUUUCUGCGUACUCAGGGUCAAGAAGAUAUUUGAACCAGGUUUGUUAAGGGUCCAUAGACAUAAUGGCCUCAUACAGUGUUCUUAUAUUUAAAUUAUAUUGCACAAUUAGAGUGUGUGUGUUUUGAUGAAUUUUAAAUUGAUAAUGUAUGCAAAUAUUUAAUCAUACUGUACUAUACUAGGAAGAAAGUUUUGAACUGUAUAGUGCAGCUUUAUACCAUCUAAAUAGCAUAUGCUGUAUUUAUUCUUCAAAUUAGAGAUCUUCAUAUUUGUCAUUAAAAAAACAAUGGGAAUAUGUAUAGAAGCAUUUUGGUUUUUAAAAAACCAGUUAUUCAGAAUAUAUUUAUGCUGGACAUGUUAAAGACAGGUUUUCAAUGUUACUUUUCAAUGUGACUUCUGGAACACCUUAGCAAAUAAAAACAGUUGCUCUA